UAUUGCUAUGCCACCAACCGUCCACUCCCACGCCACCCACCCGGAGCCAGAUCUAGAUCGAGACCCCCUCCACCGGCGGCCUCCCGUCCCCCUUCCUCAACCUCAUCUCCUCUGUCAGAGCAACGGUUCCACUCUUUGAGGUCUCAGCUCCCCCUCCCCCUCCUCCUCCACCCCCGUGCUGCCGCUGCUAAUCCCCCUCCUGCUGCUGCUGCUCGUGCAGGGGAGAGGAGGCCACGGCGCCAUCACCAUCGCCACCCUGGACAUGGACGUAGACAUGGGGGUGGAGGCGGCGGAGAUGGGCGCUGAACCGGCGGCGCACGGGCAGCUGCUGUGGGCAACCGGCGGCGGGCGGAGGUACAUCAGCUACGACGCGCUGCGGGGGGACGCCGUGCUGUGCUCCCGGCCAGGGGUGCCCUACUACAACCGCCGCAUCAGCACCACCGCCAACCCCUACACCCGCGGCUGCGAGUCCAUCACCCGCUGCCGCGACGACGACCCUUCCUAGUCAACAGUCUGGUCUCCUAAUUCAUGAGCAACCAUUUUCAGGUUGUAAACAGAAUCCAGAAAUUACGGAAGACUGCUCAGCUUGAACCUACAGACUUAAUUGAUGUUUACUACGAGUCUGUAGACAACAGCAACAAUACACUUGAAGAAAUUUUGCGGUCACAGGAUCAGUAUAUUAGGGACGUGCUUGGUAAUUCACUAGUUCCAAAGGCAGCGGCAACAUCAGAUAUGGUAGAAGAUAGCGACAGAGUUUGAAGGUAUGUACAAAGAUCUUCUCCUCCGUCGCCGUCAGCGACAAAGCUGUUGGGUGCAUCCGUCCAUCAUCUUUAGAUCUGAGUGAAGAGGGCAUCCGUCCAUCUCAAAAGGAUAUGGAUGACCAUCUGAAGGUAUGCAAGUUUCUUCCCAAACUUAACGACGAGAUACUAGGUGAAAGAUAUGCUCUCUACAAGGAAAGGUUGAGCAGCCUAGAGAAUUUAGUACUGAUCAUGAGGUGAUCGACGCAGACUACCGCGACCCGGUGGGCGUCGUGCUCUUCAACAACUCGGAGGCGGACUUUGCUGUGAAGCCCGGCGACCGCCUCACACAGAUGAUUGUCCAGGUGAUUGCGAUGCUGGAGGUCGCCGAGGUGGAGGACCUUGACGUCACCGUCUGGAGGACUCGACGCCACCGUAUCGAGGUUGCCGAGGUGGAGUACCUCGACGCCACCGUCUCGAGGUUGCCAAGGUGAAGGACCUCGACGCCUUGGUAGAUACAUCUAGAGAAGUCGUCAUGUUAGGUUGGUGGAAUGGUAUCUCGUUAGUGACGGUUGUGUGCGUCUGAUGUAUAAAUGGUAUCUCGUGAUCUCUUUGAGUUGAGAUGUUCAAUGUUGUAUCCAUGAACGAUUGCAAGUGCUAAGAUGGUUCUGUGACCUUCUUUUA